GAGCCUCAGAUAAGGAUCCGCUGAGAAGAGAAGGAGACCGAGACCGAGACGGAGACGGACGGGAGACGUGCCAGUGGCAGUAGUGGGACGCCGCUGCAUCGUUUGUGGCUCAGGUUUGCAGAACCUGCACUCAAUCAUGGAACAGCGUGACACCCGCACGACCCGGAACUAAACAACUUUGCACCCCACGCUCCGCAUACCUCCAGGGGACCACUGUUGGCUGGCAACCAGUCCACGGCGUACCCGUCCUCUCUCCCUAAGUCAGAUCUGUGACCUGUCAUCACUUCUCCCAGAGAGUGCGUCUGAACCCAAAGAGGCUUCAGAGCACCCACCCGCCUCCCUCUGUGCUCCUCAGCAUCCAGCAUUACGACUCGAUUGCGUGAUGGGGCCACUUGCUGCCUUGUCGGCCCUGCUCCUCGUCUUGGGCUUGACUGGUCAUGUUUGGACUCUCAACCCUGACGAUCCCAACGUCUGCAGCCACUGGGAAAGCUAUGUCGUCACCGUUCAGGAGUCUUACGCUCACCCAUUUGACCAGAUCUACUACACCAGGUGCACAGACAUCCUGAACUGGUUCAAGUGCACGAGGCACAGGAUCAGCUAUAAGACAGCUUACCGGCGGGGAGUGAGGACCAUGUACAGGCGCCGCUCACAGUGUUGCCCUGGUUACUUUGAGAGCGGAGACUUAUGUGUUCCUCUGUGCACAGAAGAGUGCGUCCACGGCCGCUGCGUGUCUCCUGAUACCUGCCAGUGUGAGCCAGGAUGGGGCGGACUCGACUGCUCCAGUGGUUGCGAGAGUGACUUCUGGGGACCUCAUUGCAACAAUCGAUGCCAGUGCCAAAACGAGGCUAAGUGCAACCCUAUCACAGGGGCAUGCGUCUGCACAGACGGCUACCAAGGAUGGCGCUGUGAGGAGCCCUGUGAUCCCGGUUACUACGGUAAGGCUUGCCAGCUCCCGUGCCAGUGUCUCAACGGAGCCACCUGCGACCACGAAACCGGAGAGUGCAUCUGUGCGCCGGGCUACGCGGGCGCCUUCUGCGGAGAGCGCUGCCCGUACGGCAGUCACGGCCCUCAGUGUGAGCAAGGUUGCCCCUGUCAGAAUGGAGGCACGUGCCACCACAUCACCGGGGAUUGUUCUUGCCGCGCAGGGUGGACGGGUUCUGUUUGUGGCCAGCCGUGCCCUCUCGGCAAGUACGGCAUCAACUGUAGUAAAGACUGUUCGUGCCGCAACGGCGGCCUGUGCGACCACGUGACGGGCCAGUGCCAGUGUGCAGCCGGCUUCAGCGGUCGCAGGUGUCAGGAUGACUGUCCUACGGGCACAUACGGCCCGCAGUGUAACCACAAAUGUGAGUGCCACAAUGGAGCCAAGUGCCACCACAUCAAUGGAGCGUGUCUGUGUGAAACUGGCUUUAAAGGGCCCAAUUGCCGAGAGAGAUUCUGUCCCCCAGGCCUCUAUGGCCUCAUCUGCGACAAGUACUGCCCAUGCAACGCCACCAACACCGUGAGCUGCCACCCGCUUUCUGGAGAGUGCACCUGCACCGCGGGAUGGACGGGCAUUUACUGUAAUGAGAGCUGCCCGUCCGGCUCCUUUGGGGAGGGGUGCAUGUUGCCGUGCAGCUGCAGCAAUGGAGCGGACUGCCACCCGAUCACUGGUACCUGCAUGUGUGCGCCAGGAUUUAUGGGUGAAGACUGUGCCACUGAGUGUCCUCUUGGUUUGUUUGGACCCAGCUGCAUGUCCACCUGCUCCUGCCAUAAUCACGCUUCCUGCUCGCCUUUUGACGGGUCCUGUAUGUGCAGGGAAGGCUGGCAAGGUGUGGACUGCACCAUCUUGUGCGCCAGUGGCCUUUGGGGUCUGGGCUGUAAUCAGUCUUGCUUGUGUGCCAAUGGUGCUGCUUGCGACCCGGUCGAUGGCACCUGUACUUGUUCUCCUGGGUGGAGGGGAGAGCACUGCAAUGAGCCCUGUCCUGAUGGCACUUUUGGGCUGGAGUGCAGAGAGCGUUGUGACUGCAGUCAUGCGGACACCUGCGACCCAGUGAGCGGGUACUGCCGCUGCCAUCCAGGCUGGACAGGAAUCCAUUGUGAUAACGUGUGCCCACAAGGCUACUGGGGCAACAACUGUUCACUCAGCUGCCCGUGUCAGAACGGAGGCUCCUGCUCUCCUGAGGAUGGAACAUGUGUGUGCGCACCUGGAUUCAGAGGGACUUCCUGCAAAAGGACAUGCUCUGCGGGCUUCUACGGGCACCGCUGCAGCCAAUCAUGCCCUCGGUGUGUGCACAGCACGGGGCCGUGCCAUCACGUAAAUGGGCGCUGCGAGUGUCUGUCUGGCUACUCGGGCCCUUUAUGCAGCCAAGUUUGUCCCAGCGGGAGAUAUGGAAGGGCCUGUGUGGAAAUAUGCCGCUGCACCAACAACGGCACCUGUAACCCCAUUGAUGGAUCCUGCCAGUGUUUUCCCGGUUGGAUCGGACACGACUGCUCUCAGGCCUGUCCUUCCGAUCGCUGGGGCCCAGAUUGUCUCAAUUCGUGUAACUGUCACAAUGGAGCUCAGUGCAGCGCCUAUGAUGGAGAAUGUAGAUGCGGACCCGGCUGGACUGGCCUGUACUGCACGCAACGCUGUCCCUCGGGCUUCUAUGGCAGGGAUUGUUCUGAAGUGUGCCGGUGCCAGAACGGGGCCGAGUGCGACCACAUCACCGGCCUGUGUGCGUGUCGAACCGGUUACAUCGGGGCCAGCUGCGAGCAGAAGUGUCCUGCUGGUACAUUUGGAUAUGGCUGUCAGCAGCUGUGUGAGUGCCUGAACAAUGCUACCUGUGACUAUGUGACCGGGACAUGCUACUGCAGUCUGGGAUAUAAAGGCAUCCGCUGUGAUCAAGCAUCUCUCAUGAUGGAGGAGCUGAACCCCUACACCAAGAUAAGUCCGGCCCGUGGCUCAGAACGCCAGUCAGCGGGUGCUGUCAUGGGCAUCAUCUUCCUCCUCCUCAUCAUCAUGGCCAUGCUCAGUCUGUUCGUGUGGUACAGGCAGAGGCAGAGGGAGAAGGGACACGAAAUCCAGCCGAGUGUCUCAUACACACAAGCAAUGCAGAUGACCAACACUGACUAUUCUCUGUCUGAGUGUGGCAGCACCAUGGCCAUAAAGACCAGUGCAGCGGAAGUCAAUCACAAUCCAAGUAGCAGCACCAGUGGGGAGUCCUUUUCCAACCCCACCUAUCACACGGUGGCCCAGUGCAACGUCGUAUCAACCAUCUCCAGCAACCUGGAUGCCACGCUGACCCUCAAAUCGAGCACGCUAAAAAACCGAAUUGGUUCCGACUGGAGAGCCUACUGCAACCUCCCUGAUCUCGCAGAUGUUCAACAGGGGGAGACUCAGACUGCGAGAGCCUCGCGAAAAGAUUACAUCAAGGGCUCCGUGUGCAACAACAACUCCUGCUCCCUGAACACAGAGAACCCCUACGCUACCAUCAGGGACCCGCCGGGGUUGGCAUCCAAGCACGCAGAGAGCAGCUACGUGGAGAUGAAGUCACCCUCUCACCGCGAAGUGCCCUUCGGGGGCACCGCCACCCUUCUGGGCGGCACCAGGGGGAACAUGUAUGAUGUUGUUGCCAUCGCCGAGCCCACGGUGAGUGUUUUGCAAGGCCCCAACGGGAUGGCCACCGGCUUCUCCCAGAACCCCUACGACCUCCCCCGCGGCGGCCACAUCCCGACCCACUAUGACAUUCUGCCUAUGCACCACAGCCCCACGCACACCCCCCCUCCGCCACACCCGGAGAGCCCCAGCUCCCUCCUCUAGAGGCCCCAACCCCGGCCGGCACCCUGGCAAGCGUCGACUUUCAUCCAGCUCCUUUGUCUUCAUGUGCUCAACAAGGACUGGACAGCCACAGCUCAUUUGGACCAGAGAAGGAAAGGAAGAAAUCCCUCACACCAGCAAGCGUUCACCCAUUUUAUUUUCCCGAGAUCCGACGACUGCUCUUGACGGACCCUCUGGAGUGGAACGUGGAUACUCCAGAGGGAGCUCGGGCCGCCACCUCUGGAUUGGAUGGAUAAGUUAUUCACAGGGACAGAGCUGUCCUUCACAUUAAUUUCUAGAAGGGCAAAAUGUGGCUGACGUGAGUAACGGUUGUGCCCGUCCCACUUAAAAUGUUUAAGAUGUUCAGCAGCGGUGGAAAAACCUCUGUGCUCCAGGGCCGCAUUUGAAGAUUAGGUAAAAACAAUGCUUUUAAAAGCACUUUUAUGAUUAUUAAAACAGUUGUUAUGACUUGACACAUGAUGCGAUAGCCCAGAGAAGCACCUUAUCUGUAAUGAAGUGUUAUUAUAAUACGAUAUGGUUUUACAGAUUAUAUUCAUCACAUAACUACUCAGUUGAUAAUUACUGUUUCAAAAAAUAUAACAAAUUGUUUUUUUUUUUUUUACUGCACAGUACUCCUUUAGAGUUCAUGUAACAUAUGUAAAAUAGAAUCAGUGACCCUAAUGAGGACAAGCAGUAUUAGAAAAUGGAUGGAUAGAUGGGUUUAUUUUAAUAAUAACAAAACCAACUACACCUUUUUAUUUAAAUUAACCAGUUAAUAAAAUAAAGCCAACCCAAUAAUUUUUUUUACUACUGUUUUAUUACUGUAUUAUUUAGGGUGAAAAAAACAAACAAACAAAAAAGCUUAAUUAUUGUCCUGGUAAAAUGCUCAGUGGGCUAGAAUAAAGACCGGGCCAAACGUUGCCCAUCCCUGAUGUUUAGGCAUCACCUGUCAAUCGCUGAGACGAUGAGAUGAAGUGGAGUGUAAAAACUUGAAAGACGCAACAAAAUAAUGUCACUCACCGUCAGGUGUUUUCUCCACCUUCUGCCGGUGAUGAGCGCACAGUCAUGAAAUGGCAGGGUCAAAGUGAAGAGCUUCAUUUGCGUUGCUGUUGAAAUGAGGUUGUGAUAUUCAGGUCAGGAGAGAAUAUGCGCAUUUAUUUAAAAAAAAAAAAUGAAAAAUUCUGGAUUUGCUCCUCCUCGAUGAACGCACUGGAUUUUGUGUUGUCCUUCUGUGUGCCAUAUAUUUUUCUUGCAAAUGUCUGUACAGGGUGUUGAGGAGGGUUGGUUUUGACCUUUAUGUUUGGUAUUUCUAUAGCUAAUUUCAUUAUUUAUUCAGUUAUAUUCUUAGUGAUGGUCAAUUUAAUUCGUGUGACGCUAGAACAACGUAAAAAAAGAAAAGAUGAGCAUGAACGCAUCGAGUACCCACUGAUGUACAUAACACCAACGCAUAAAACUUAUCUUCUUGUGAGAUGUAAUUUUGUGAAGCGUUUUGAAAUGGGAUCUCUCUCACCCACUCACUUGCGCUCUCUCUUUCCUCUCUUUCUCUCUCUCUCUACCUCCUUAUCUGAGAUUGUUUACUUUUACCUCCCCCAAAAAAAGCUUUUAUCUGAUCAAAUGUCAUUUGUUAUCAAUUACAAUGAAUUUAUUCAUUAACCGAGUCACUUGCGUUACAGCCUCUGCAGGAGCAAUAACAUCUUGACAAUCAUUACUUAGAUUACAUUUCAUGUGUACUGGACAUGAUGCUGUUUGCGUUAUUGUACAUCACUGUUUUCUCUUUGGAUGAGGUUUAUUUUCUAAUCACUUGCUGUCUGAUCGAUGCUGUUGGUUGUUUUGGUACAUUUCAGAUUAAAAAGCAUUUUGUGUCA